UCGGAGCCGGAGCUCGGCUCAUCCCCUCCUGGUGCUGCCGAGGGAAGGAGGGAGGCAGGGAGGCUCUGUUUGCCUCCAUCCCAGAGAGCAGCUCAGCCAGAGCAGCUCCUCGGCCUUUGCCCUGCCCCUGCAGGGACCCAGGGGUGCUCUCCAUCAUCAGCUGUGCCCUCCUUCAUCAGCGGUGCCCAUCAUCAGCAGUGCCCUCCAUCCAUCAGCGGUGCCCAUCAUCAGCAGUGCCCUCCAUCCAUCAGCAGUGCCACCCUGCCCAGGUGGCAUCCCAAGGUCGGGAUUUCAGAGCCAUCCCUGCCUCGGAGAUCCACAGCAGAGGAGGAAAAGUGCACUGGGCUGAAGGGCGCUGUGCUGCCUCCAGGACAGCAGAGCCUUCCUGCACAGAUGCCACCGAGGAGAUGCUCCCGGGGACACCAGCAGCGAGCUCGUGGUGUGGAGCAGGGGCUCUGGAGCCUCAUCCCAGCCCUGCUGCCGGCUCUGAAAGAAAUCUGACUUUUUGACCGUUCCUAAUGAGAAACUCAGAACUCCAGACUCCUUAAGCCCUGAAUUAGGAGAGAAGAGAGAUCCCCCCAGACGUUUGGCAAAGCAGAAAACAACCUUCCCCAGCUCACCCAAGGAUAAACCACCUGCUGUGGGAGAGAGAAGCUGGCAGAAAGCUGAUUGCUCAGUCUGUCUGGAAAAACAACGCUUGCAAAGACCAAAGCUGUGCCAACCUUCGCAGCUCAGCUUGAGAGAAGAACCAAAGCUUUUCACCAUCCAAAGGAGGUGACCUACCAAGAGGAGGCCCAAAGUAUUUAUAGGACGAAAUAAAAGCCAGAAGGAAGUGUAAAGCACAAGUGUGAUGCUCGUUGUCAUUGUGACAGCAAGGUGCAAAAUGGUCUGCGCAGGCUUGUCCCUCGCAGCGUGCUCAGCUGUGUGAGCAGCAGCCUCGACACCAAGGGGAUGGAGCAGCUCCUGCUGAAGCCAUCGUGCCAUCUGUGCUGAGCUUCCUCUCCUGACCUCCUCUGUGAGUCUGGUGAGGGGAGACAGGAGAUCUGAAGGUAAAUACAGAAAAUGGACCAAAGCUGACAGAGAGCAAUGACUGAGAUCUCUUUCAAGUUCCGCGGGAACCUGACUGGCCGCGUCCACCUUCCAACUCUGGCUACUGAAGUAGACACAACAGCAGACAAAUAUUCUGGCCUCUAUGUGUACGUGGGCUUGUUCCUAACCCUCCUGGCUCUCCUCCUGAUCCUGCUCUUCUCCAUGCUCCUGCGCCUGAAGCACGUUGUGUCCCCCAUCACCUCCCCAGAGAGCACUGAGAACGUGCAGCACUUCACAGACAUGGAAAUGCACAGCAGGAUCCCCACCACAUAGGGAUCCCACAAAGAGGGCUCUGUGCUUGGGAAAGGUGUUUUUUGUUCAGCAAAGGUGGUGGAAAGAAGCUCUGGGUGCCUGUUGAGCCCCACAAGUUCUUGCAAAGCCUCAGCAGCAUCUGGAGGGUGUUGCUGGCUGUUGGCAUCACAGGCAGCAUGUGUGCAGCAGCCUCCACAAAAUGGACAUCACAGAAACCUGCUGCUGCCAGGGAAGGCUCACACCCCCCUAAAAACCUUGCAGAAAAUGGGAAAAGCCACAUUAAUGACAGCCAAAAACCCAGAGAAACAUAGCAGAAUGUGUCCUGGAGCCUGUGCUUGCUGACCUCUCUCUGAAUCAACAAAGCUGAAGUGGUGUAAGUGGGAAGAGCCCACAGGGCACACGCAGAAAUUGUGGGUGGCUUGAAAAAUCUCAGGCAUUUCUUCCAUUCAAGAAGGAAAACAUUAAAUUGUUCUCUUUCGCUUGAAUGGAUGUCUGCAGCAGCCUCCAUAAAAUGGACAUCACAGAAACUUGCUGCUGCCAGGGAAGGCUCACACCCCUCUAAAAACCUUGCAGAAAAUGGGAAAAGCCACAUUAAUGACAGCCAAAAACCCAGAGAAAUAUAGCAGAAUGUGUCCUGGGGCCUGUGUUUGCUGACCUCUCUCUCUGAAUCAACAAAGCUGAAGUGGUGCAAGUGGGAAGAGUCCAUGGGGCACACACAGAAAUUGUCAGUGGCUUGAAAAUUGUCAGUGGCUUGAAAAUUGUCAGGCAUUUUUCCCAUUCAAGAAGGAAAACAUUAAAUUGUUGUCUUUCACUUGAAUGGCAAUUAAACAAUGGAGUUUCACAAAUAUAGAAAUGUUUCAACACCUGCUGGAACUACAUCUUUCUGACAUUAGAACCCAUUUAAUGAAUAGUUGCACACCAGAUCUCAAAAAGAGACAGAACUUUAAAGAGGAAAGAGAAUAAAGCCAAAAUUGAAGCAAGGUUUAAAAAAAAAAAGAAGCAGCAGCAGCAGGAAAUGAGAUAAAAAAACGUAUAAGACACUCUACCUCUUCCUUAGUCCUCCUUUAUAUGAACUGAGCUGAAUACAAACAUUUUUUGCUGUCAUGCUUUUAGGCUCCUCAGUAUCACUCAGUAAUUAAAAUGCAGUGUAAGUUUUGGGAGCCCAAUUGACAUUGCUCUCCUAACAGACUCCACUUCAUAAUAACAUAUUCUCUCAUAUCCAUAUUGGGUUUUCUUCCUCAAAAGACAGAAAAGUUCUUCCAAAGAUUUUUCAUUUGUUUUCCUCCAAAGAAAGCUGAGGAGAUGCCCAGGCCUGGCACUGCAAUAAGGAAUAGUGGGAACAGCUUUGGACACAGACUAACAGGGAGCACGCAGAUGGAAAAUAAACUCACUGAGCACUGAAAGAUAUGAUUGGAUUCAAAUACCCUGACGGAAUCUCACGGGGGAAAGCAAAGUUUAUUUGAAUUUAUGGAACAACAAUCUGACCCAGUCCUAUGAGUGACGUACAGAGGUAGCCUUUGCUGCUGUGGAUGGAAAAGAUGGAACCAAAUAUGGCAAAGCAUUCCUGGGAGAGCCACUGCCUCUCACAGAAAAACCUUCAGUGAAUUGUUUCAGCCACAUCUCUAAAGGGCAGGUAUUUUACACAGCUUAUCCACUUUAUUACAGUCUAACUCUAGUUCAGCAAUAAAAUCCCCUGCAUGUUUUCCACACAAACAUACAUUCUUAUUUGCCAAUUCUCCUCUCUCCAAGGGCUUGGAAAGUGUAAAGUCCUCACACAAACGCAGUGAAAAUUUAGAGAAGACACUGUCACAUGGACCUGUGAUAGUAGCAUGAAAUUUUUCUUCAAAUGCUCUGUUUACAACAGGUUUUUUUGCUUACCUUUGAAGGUCUGGGUGAGCUGUUUGGACUGGGAAUAUCUGGGCUUUUACAGAUGGUUGGGGGUGAAGCAGAAUGACAGAUAACACUCCCCCUGGAUACACUGGAUCUCUCAGCAGGACCAGUGCAACUUCUCACUGAUGUAUUGAGUACAAAACCAUUUAAACACUGCUUCCUUAUACUGAAUAAUUCCUUUUUGCUUCGUUAACCCCUGUGAAUCACAGAAUCCCAGAAUGGUUUGGGUUAGAAAGGACCUUGUUCCAUCCCCUGCCAUGGGCAGGGACACCUUCCACUAUGCCAGGUUGCUCCAAGCCCUGUCCAGCCUGGCUUGGGACAGCGAACCAGAACAGUGAUUGUGUGAGGGAAUACACCAAAAAAUUCACUCUCAGCAGUGUCUUUCCGUGCCAUGCUUGGCUGUAUUUCCCUGGGAAAAUGACAGGAUGCAGGUUAUCCUCUAUGGGGACAACACCAGGCAGGAUGGUGGCUUCACACCACGUCUGAAGACUGGCUCCUCGACUCUCAGUACUGCACAAGAGCCAAAAUUUUUUGUGACGAUUAGGCUAUUAAUCCAACUAAGACAGAUGGCUACUGAGUUAGACAAUGACAUUUAAAAUUAACAAUGAGGCAGCUCAGCCCAGGCUCAGCAUCUGACCCUGGAAAACUUCUCCAUUCAAAAGCUACCACUUACCUAGACCCUGUUCUAACUUGCUAAAUCAGCAACUCAACCACAUUAGCUUCCCAGCACAGCUACCUGCAGAAAAGCCUUGUAUUGAGGAGUCUGCAGGACAGACUCAGCUUUUAUUGACAGACUUUUAUUGAUAUAAAAUAUCAGACCUACUGAUGGAAAAUGACAGUAUCAAAUUCUGAGUGCUCUGAUCUCAGUCAAAAUGGCUUCUGAGGUACAGGUCAGGACUGAGCUUCUUUCCAUCACGCUAAGGAAUGUUAAUUCACAAGAGUCUCCCAACACUUUAAAACUUAUUCAGUAACUAUCCUUUAAAUAAAUGAGUAAUCUCUUUAUAUAUCAGAUGGUAUCUUUGGGCAGACUGUGUAUUUUUAUAGAGUACUCUUAUGGAAGGCUGCCCUAUCUUCUCACAGGAAAAUGACAAGUUUUCUUUCCAAAGCUUCAUUUCACAUAACGUCUCUGUCCCACUUGACACAUCUACAGUGGCACUCAGGGUGCCUCAUUUGUCUGUAAAAUCCCAGUAUAUUUUAAAACUUUUCCCACUGAGAAAUAGAAGAAUGCCUCUCCCCUCUUUUCAUUAUCAUUUGCCGUGUCCCAGACCUGAGGGAUGUGCUGGGAAGAAAGAAUGUUUGGAUGUGCUGGCCUGUGUUUGGUGAGUGGCCUCUAGUGGAGUUUGGCAUUCUUUGGCUUUCAGAAGUGGUUAUUGGAACUUUUGCACAGUUUUGGAGCAUCUUUUGGAACUUUUGCUGCAUCUUGGAGCGCUGCAGGUAUCACAGCCAUACCCUUCCCCUCCUGCAGGCUGUUCUCUUCCCACUUGUCCAUGUGCUAUAGAAAAUGAGGUUUUUUACAAAAAUAAAGAGGCACAUUGCUAUGAA